AUGCGGCUACUGUUCGUGGCUUUCCUGCUGGCCUCUCUGCGGCUCCUGUCAACACCGGCUCCGUCCAUGGCGCUUCGUUACACGUCCUCACAGCUCAUCAGACUCAACCACCGCGCACCUCCUUCACUGGACAUCACCUCAACUCUGCAACAACACUGUCUUGUCCGCCGUCGCCCCUACAUCCACCGAGGGUCCCGUCGCAAUCUUGUCUUCAAUUUCACAGGCAAAAGCAAUAUUCCCUCUGUCUGGUCCGCCUGCAGAUCCAUGCGCAGCUCACACCGGCUUGGUUCCAACAACAUCCGCAUACGUCAUCAGAGCACUCAUCACAUCCAUCUGCCUCCGAUCUAG